AAGAUUGCUUUAUCUGGCUCCCAACAGUCCGUUAUGGCUGUGUUGAAAAAUAUAUUUUUCUUUUGCCUACUUCUUCCAUCACUGAAGACCAAAAUUACCAAAUACUUCCCAUGUGAAACAGAUGUGCAUUUUACUAUGGUAGACUGCUCUGACCGAAGACUUGAAAAUGUCCCCUCCAUCAAGUCUGAAACUGUUAUGGCAGUCAAUUUAAGUAAGACCGAGUUGCAGAAAAUUAACCAGAGACAUUUAUCAGGUGUCCCAAACCUCCACACGCUGAAAAUAACGGGGAACUGUCAACCAGAACGCCGGGGAUCUUCUGCCCAAUCAUGUGAGAUGAAGAUUGCCAAAAAUGCCUUCAGCAAACUACUGAAGCUUGAAUUUUUGUACCUGUCAGGAAACAGCAUCACCUCUAUUCCCUGGUUACCCAAAAGCCUGAAGGUCCUUGAUCUGCAGAAUAAUCACAUCUUCCACAUUGCCAAUCCCUUGGAAACGCCACUUCUUGAACAGCUCUUGCUCUCCUGGAACUGCUUUUAUGCAAACCCUUGCUACCAGCCUUUUUACAUCAGCGAGAGUGUUUUAGGAGAGCUCCCUAUUCUCAAAAACCUGACGUUAGGAUAUAAUAAUUUAACAGCUGUCCCUAAAGGGUUACCACCUUCUCUAGAGAACCUGGAUUUAAGAGAGAACAGAAUCACAGAGGUCUUAGAUGGAGCAUUCGCCAACCUAACUUCCCUUAAGGAAUUGAUUUUGGAAUGGAACUGUCAGCGUUGUGACCAUGCAGCUCGUCCCUGCUUUCCUUGCCCAAAUAAUGACUCCCUUCUCCUCCAUCCGAACUCACUCUAUUCUGAAAACAGCUCCAUUACCUUCCUAAGCUUAAGAGGAAACUCUCUCAGAACAUUCCCAGAUGGUCUUUUUCGACCGUUAAAGAAUUUACAUGGAUUGGACCUCUCUGACAACCUCCUGGCAUAUGCUAUACAGAACGGUACUUUCUUCUCAGAGCUAAAAGCCUUAACUUGGAUUAGCCUCCUCUAUAACUACGAACCAUUGAAGACAUUUCCCGAACUGAUCCUCUCCCCACAUAUGAGCAACGUAUCUGGUCUACAAAAACUUCUUCUCAGUGGUAACUUUUUCCGCACAGUUUCAAACAAGAGCUUCAACGUUCUGUCCAAACUACAAAAUCUAACAACUCUAGAACUUAGAAUGAACUUCAUCAAUAGCUGUGAUUUCAAAGGCCUAAAGCAGUUGCCGUCUCUCAUCAAUAUUGACCUUUCUCAAAACAUGCUGAACUUCCUCCCAUGUUGCUUGAGUCUGUCAUCUGAGAUCAUGGUGCAUGGAAGCUGUCAGAACCAGAAAGUGUAUACACAGAAUUUUCCUGAUGUUUCGCUUUUGCUACUUGAUAGGGAAGCCACAUCUGGAGUUGACAUCUGGGAAUCAAACCAGCCCAACAGGAUGGAAAUGUCUGAGGACAAUGUGAAUGUAUUUCCAUCAUUAUGGGACUUUAAAAAACAUUUGUGCGGACAGAACCUAACAUUUGACCUCUCUCAGAAUAACAUAAUGUCUCUGAAUACAAAAAUGUUUGAGGACAUGGAAAAAGUAGUUUGUUUGGACCUUUCCUACAAUUACAUGAGUCAAACAUUGAAGAAAGGGGUGUUUCAAAGCAUGAAAAAGUUAGCAUUUUUGGGUAUGUCAUAUAACAGACUUGAUUUUUAUUAUACAGAUACUUUCAGUGAACUUAAUAGCACCCUGAAGGUGCUAGACGUCAGUAACAAUGACUUCCACUUCAAUAUGAGGGGGAUGGGCCACCGUUUAGAGUUUCUUCAGUAUUUGACUAACCUGGAAGUUUUAAGUCUGGCAGAUAAUGGCAUUGCAAAGCGAAUAGAUCAAAGGCUGGUGAGCAAGUCUUUGAAGUACCUCUACUUCAAUGGAAACCACCUGAAUAUAAUGUGGAAUUUUGAUAACAACAGGCAGUACAUUCACUUCUUCCAAAAUCUGACAAACCUUGCCUAUCUGGACAUCUCUAACAAUGAACUGAAGUCAAUCUUACCAGAAGUGCUGACUAACCUCCCAGGAAGUAUUCAGUACCUCCGUAUUAUCGGCAAUCAAUUGCAAUGCUUCCCAUGGCCGAACAUCUCAGCCCUCAGCAGCUUGCGUCACCUGAACCUCAGCCAAAACUCCCUCUCCAACUUGCCUUCUAACAUCAUUGGAUUUGGAGCUAAUUUUUCUCUUUUGGAUCUCAGUCACAAUCGCAUUAGUUUUAUUCCUGAAGAUUUUUUCAGUGAGGCGGACUCCUUGCAAUAUCUGUAUCUCAACCACAAUCAGAUCAAAGAGUUGAACCAUGAGUUCCUCCCUGCCAUCUUUAAAAAUGGCAGUGCUCUUCAGAAACUCACCCUGCAUGCAAAUCCAUUUAAAUGUGAUUGUGAUACAUCAUGGUUCUCGGACUACUUGCGUGCAACUACGAUACAGAUUCCUCAUCUAUUCACGUAUGUACACUGUGAAUACCCAGAGUCCCAACAAGGCAAUAGCAUACUGAAUGUGGAUCAGCAUUCCUGCCAGGACAUUUACGGUAGCUUUGCCUCCCUCGUCUGCUCCUUCUUGACUGUGGCCUUCACUGUUCUGCCCCUACUGAAGCAUCUCUACGGCUGGGAUCUGUGGUAUUGCUUACAGGUACUCUGGGCAGGACACAAAGGCUACUCCCAGCUGCCUGGAGGUGAUUCACAUCAUCACUAUGAUGCUUUUGUGGUGUUUGACACCAGGAACUAUGCUGUGAGAGACUGGGUCUACAAUGAGUUAACUGUCAAUCUGGAGAACUCUGGCCACAGGAGGUUUUGUCUCUGUCUAGAAGAGAGGGACUGGGUUCCUGGCCUUUCAUGCAUUGAAAACCUACAUAACGCCGUCUACAACAGUGUGAAAACGGUGUUUGUGCUGUCCAGCAGUGCUAACGGUACUGAAACAGUGAAUGGUGUGAUCCGCCAGGCUUUCUUCAUGGUUCAGCAGCGGCUUUUGGAUGAGAAGGUGGAUGUGGCUGUGCUGGUUCUGUUGGAUGAGAUGUUUCCCAAACUAAAGUACCUUCAGCUGAGAAAAAGGUUGUGCAGAAAGUCUGUGUUGUCAUGGCCAAGGAACCCAAAGGCACAGCCUCUUUUCUGGAACCAAGUGAGAAUGGCAUUGUCCUUAGAUAACUUAAAAUUCUAUGACAACAACAUGAGUGAAAGUUUUAUCUGACUACCUUUUAACAUCUGAUCUAAAAAGUCCUAUUUUUUGCCAUCUUUUCAUUACCUCAUUAUGUCAAAAUAACCCUUGUUGUGUCUCACAUGAGCGAAAUGACUUUUUUAAGUACGUAGCAUAAUUGUUAUAAAAGUGAUACUUAUUUAUGAUGUUGAUAUCUAACUUUCAAGAUUAUAAUUUUUAAUUCUUUACAUUCUUUUACCCUUUUUUGCUGCUGAGUGACUGACUUAAUCCUUGCCUCCAAAGAGUUUAGUCAUAGCAUGAAAAUGUUGCAGCUGUGGCUGUAUGUUUACCAAAGAUGCUGUAAAUUGUUCAUAGACACUGAUUUUGGACUCAUAAAAUAAAAUUAACUUGGAUUUAA